AUGGCGAUCGGGGCCUCGGGCUGCUUGAAGAAGAUUGCCCGGAUCCAGAUGGGGGCGGCGCGUUCCAAACACGCUAACUACGGAGCAGCCUCCGAAUUGUGUCGAUCGGAAGACGUCAUGUACCUGGUGGACUCCCAUCGUAGGAAGGGUCAAGCCGAAGAAGUUGUGGAGGACGAUGGUCUGUGCUGGGGUGCGUGGCCGGAUGAAAUUCUCUCCUCGCUCCUCGUUCCUCGUUCCUCGUGUCGUGGUACUGUAGACUCUCGAUUUGACUGA